AUGCUUUCUGAGGCUCUGCCUUGCUUCCAGUUACUUCGGAUGGGCCCAGCUUCUCCUGGGGAUUCACCCAACAGGGAUCUCUACACCUUCCGACCUGCCAGGCCUAGCUGUACCUAUCGGUUGGGCCGCCGAGCAGAAGUCUGUGAUGUUAUUCUGGUGUCAGAGCAGAACCCAGCCUUGAUCUCUCGAAUCCAUGCAGAAAUCCAGGCAGAGAGGGAUGCUGACAGCACAGCUGGCGAGUGGUGUGUUGGCCUGGUGGACUACAGCACUCAUGGUACCUAUGUCAAUGCCAUCCGCAUUCCCCACGGCCGGCGGGUCGACUUGACCGAUGGUGAUCUCCUGACCUUUGGCCACCCCAACCCGGUGCCUGAGGGCUGUGCCCUGCCAGGCCCGCACGGCAGCUCCGAGUUCUACUUCCUCUUCCAGAAGGUGCACGUUCGACCACAGGACUUUGCUGCUAUCACAGAACCAAAAGCACCCUGGGCUUCCAACAGCGGCUUCCGACCGGUGCUGCCGUCUGGCAACCACCGCAUCCGCCCACUGUCCCGUCACUCGGCCACUUCCCUCUCCUGCCGCUCCAAAGCUACCCUGAUCCUCAACUCCAUCGGCAGCCUCAGCAAACUCAAGCCGCAGCCGUUCACGUUCUCCCUGGGCCGGGCGCGAUGCGCGGAACCCCCUGCCCAGCCGAGGGCUUCUCGGAACCGCCGCAAGUCGGCACAUACCCUGCUGCCCGAACUGGAGGAUGAGAUCACGCGCCUUGAAGAGGAGCAGCUGCUGCCCGGCAAGGGGCAGCACCCGAGUCAUUUCACACAUUGUCACGCCAGCAGCCCCACCUCCUUGCAGCUCCAGCAGCGAGUGCCAGAGGGAAGCAAGAGCUCGCAGGAAGAUGUCGGACCAAAGCUUCACAUCACGCCCAGUGGGAAACGGCGGGGUCGACCGCGGAAGAACCCUCUAGGGGGCACCUGCCAGGUGUUCUCCCAGACUCUGUCUGCAUCUGAGCCAUGUGCAGCGCCCCGGUGCCGCCUCCCUCAGGACGAGAUGGUGGAGUGGGUCCAGUGUGAUGGCUGCGAUGCCUGGUUCCACGUUGCGUGUGUGGGCUGCAGCUACAGCGCUGUGAAGGAGGCAGAUUUCCGCUGUGCUGCCUGCCGCUCCUAA